CCACCAGUGGCUCCGCCCCCUUCCCCUUAGACAUGAAUCUUGUAGCGUUGCAUUUCUCGUCUUGUGUCUGUUUAUGUUUAUGAACAAGAUGCGUUUUAAUUGAAUUUUACAACAGGACAAACACUAGAAACAUCUCAGCUCUUCUUUUGACCGCUGGGUUCAAUUAAAGGUUUGCAAAGAUGUCGUCGAUGUGGCAGCAGGAGUCGAGUUACUCCCCCUGUGUAGAGAUCGACUCCAGCUCCGUGAGGACCAAAGACCGACAUGGCUCCACCAGCUGGCUGAAGCAGGAGCAAGACGAGCUCCGCAUCAUCAAAUGGGAGAACUUCCAAACUGGCCCUUCAGCAGAUGCCGUUCAGGACAACACGCCCAGCAGUGCCAUGUCUGCUGCUUCAAGUUUUGAAAGCUUGCCCCCGAGGGUGUUGCUGACCAUCACGAAGCUGCAGUGCAUGCUGGAGAGCAAACAGGAACGCAUCGCCGCACUUGAGAAACAGGUAGAGGACCUGAUGCAGGACCGCAAGUUUCUGCGCAGCCAGAUUGAAAACCUCACAAGCAAUCGCUCGAUGCCGGCGUUUGCUACACCCAGUUCUGUACUUGAAGUUCCUAAAUCAAGCAAGGUGCAGCCUUCAGAAAAAUCUCGAAAGAGGGAAAGGGCUUCUUCUAGUUCCUCGGCCAGCAGUGACACGGGCUCCGAGGGGUCCGACUCUUCAGAGGUGUCCGCUGUUUCAAGUGAGCACAGGAGGAAGAAACACCACAAGGACAAGAAAAGAUCAAAGAAAGGGAAGGACUACAGCAGGAAGAGAGCCACUGGUGUUCAGUACGUCAUUCAGCGCUACAGGCAAGUCCUCGCAGCCUUUAUCAAGAAGAAAAACAUGAGCGAAGCCUUUCGCCACCUCGGAAUCGACAGGAACACCAUCGCCAACACGGCGUCGAUUGCUGAGCUGCACCUGGCUGACAAAGACAUGGUGCCUCUGGUGGGCAUGUUCCGCCAAGGAGAAGAGACUCUGGUGAACUACGCCCAGCGGUGCACCAUGGUCAUCGACAGCGACGCCGAGCUGGCCAGGAAAAUAGACCAGAUGAAGGCCAACGGCGAGCUGCUGCCCAUCUCAGGRAAAAGACCGAGGUUGUUGCAUUCUCACAUUCAGGCACUGGGGGGCGCCACGGAGAGCAUUUUAAUAGGUUGAUGGCUUAUUAGCUUUAGGAACAGGUGGGACCUGUAAGUGGGACACUACUUUGCAAAAAAAAAAAAUUCCUCCUUUAAACUGUACUUUUAUGUAGCAUUUAUUUAAUUCUACACUAUGUUUCAAAGGGACUAGAUGUGUUUAAGGAUUAUGGUACAUUUUUAUAAUAAUAUUGUUUAUUUUCUUCUUGGUUAUUUGAAAUGUUUGUAGAAGUCACUUUCAUAGAGAUGUUCUUAUUUCACCAUUUUAAUGUCUGCAGUAACAGAAAUGUCCACAAGAUGGCAGUGUUGACAUGAUGGAUCAUUCUCACCAAUCACCUCUUGUCAUUAAUUUUAAAAUGGUGGUUAGACUGUGUCCUUUUUCCAGUAAUUACAUUUUUAUUUGGGGUGUUUGAACUUUUUGUUGAAACAUCUUAUGUGAUUCAUUUUACUAGACUUACGAAUGAACGCAACUUGUUCAUAAAAAGAUUUUGUUUUCAAGACAA